AUGUCUAAUAUACCUACAUUUUCAGAAUUAUUAGCUGCACCCAUUUUUUUACAAAAUUAUACACCAUUAAACCUUGCCUUGAUACAUAAUAUAAUGGAACAGUUGCUUGAUACAGAGAUGUCAAAUAUGCCUAUGUUUUCAGAACUAUUAUCAGAAUCAUUGCUAAAAAAUACUAUACCUGUUUUCUCACAAUCAUUAAACCUUGUCUCGACACAUGAUAUAACAAAACCAGAACAAUUAUCUGAUAUAGAAAUAUCAAAUAAUAUGUUAUCAAAAUCUUUAAUUAAAUCAUUGCCAAAGAAU